CUCGGCGGGGGAUUGGUGAGGUCUGACAAGAUGGCUGCCUCGGAUCAGCCUGAGCUGCCUGGCCAGAGUGAAUCCUCUCUGGGUAAUGUGAGUGGUGUGCCAAGGGAACAGCUGAUUUCCACCGCAGUAAAGUUUCUACAAAACCCCAGGGUCCGUCAGAGCCCAGUAGCCACCAGGAAGGAAUUUCUAAAGAGAAAAGGAUUAAGUGAUGAGGAGAUUGAGUUGGCGCUGCGGCAGUCUGGCACUGCCCAUGAUGACCCGCCACUUCUUGGAACCACCACUGCUCCACACUCAGGACCACCUCUCACUUUGGCAGUACAGCCAUACAGUCCCCCUGGCUCACGCUGGAGAGAAUACGGAGCACUUGCCAUUAUUUUGGCUGGGAUAGCCUUUGGCUUUCAUCAACUGUACAAGAGAUACCUGCUUCCUCUGAUUGUCGGCGGCAGGGAGAGCCGCAAACAGCUGCAGCGUAUAGAGUCCGGCAUAUCGGAGAUGAGUGUCAGUGUGACACAGACAGUCACUCAGCUACAGACAACACUUGCAGCUGUGCAGGAACUGCUGGUACAGCAGCAACAGAAGAUCCAGGAACUGUCCCAUGAACUUGCUGUUUCCAAGGCAUCCAGCUCUACCAAUACCAUACUGGAAUCACAAAAUAUCCAGGAGUUGAAGUCUGAGAUCUAUUCUUUGAAGGGACUUCUUUUAAACAGGAGACAAUUUCCACCAUCUCCAUCUGCUCCCAAGAUACCAGCCUGGCAAAUACCAGUAAAACCCCCCACAUUAUCAAGCCCAGCAGCAUUGAACCACAAUAGCAGCAGUGACAUCUCUCCAGUAAGCAAUGAGUCCAGUUCCUCUUCUCCUGUGAAAGAAAAUCACAGCCCGGAUGGAACAAAGGUGAACUCUCAUCACCUGGGUCCUACUGGUGUACAGGAGUCUGAGAUUGAUGUCCAGAGCCAGGUGCGGAUGGAGAUACAGGGGGAAGAAGAAGAGGAGGAGGAAGAAGAUGUUGGACAAGUGGAUGAAGAUCGCCUGGGUGUGCAGACUGAAGAUCGGAGAGGGGGGGAUGGACAAAUAAAUGAGCAGGUGGAGAAGCUGCGUCGACCAGAGGGAGCUAGCAACGAAAUGGAGUGAACGCAACGUGAGGUUGAGUGUCCCCUGACCCCUCAUAUCUCAUUACCCUGAAGUGUUUUGGGGCUCUUUCUCAGAUAGACUACAAUAUGGAUUCCGUGGUGGUGUAUUGUCAUGAAGAUCAGUGUGCAGUUAUGGAGAUAAACACACUCUUGCAUACCAGAGUUGAGUCCUGCAGUGCCUCUGCAAGUGGUUUAUCCCUGCUCCAUAACUGCUAAAAUCAUGGGCUACUUAUGUUUCCUCUUCCCAAACCCCAAUCUUACCACCUAUGGGUUGUAAUGUGUACAUCACGGAUUGCAUAUUAUAUAAGCAAAUUUGGAACAUGUUGCUAAACGUCACACCCAGUGAACAAAUUUACUAGAAACACAUUCCCCUUCUCUAAAUAACUAAUAAAACAAAAAUAUUCAAUUUAUAAUUAAAUGAAAACCAAAUGUUUAUAUAAAUUCAUUAAUUGCCCUCUUGCAUCCAGCUGCUACUCUUUUGGUGACUUGCAGUGGUCACACUCUGCUCACUGUUGUUAGGACACCGAAAGCUGCUCUUGAGUUUGAUACCAGCCUUGUACACAUGACAGAGAAUAUAUUGGUCAUGGACAUCAAUUCUGUGCCGGGGGUUUUAUAUCUUCACAUCGUAUCACUUAAUACAAGUGGUGGUUUUAAUUAGCCAAUAAAAUAAUUGCUUGUUCCUUUUAGAACGUUCUCUUUUUCUAAUGUGGAUAGAUUUUGAAAUUCUGCUACAUUUGUUAACCAGUAUGUUACUUCCUAAAAUAUUCACAAUCUCCAUCAGACACAAAUAGGCCUCAAACAUGAGCUUGCGCAUCAUUCAGACAAUGCAGCUCGCUCAAGCCCUAAUUCUACACUGCCAGAGCCUGCUAGCAUUAGAUCACUUCUUGGAUUACAGUUGGAGCUAGAAAUGUAUCUACUAUCCAGACGGUGAAGAAAAUGCAAGUCUACACGAUGCAUGGAAGCCAUCAGCAUUAUAUGAAUUACACAGGUUAACACAUUUCACAUCCACUUGUGGGUUUGCAGAGAUAUUAUUGUCCCUAAAACAUUUUGCUAAAGAAUAUAAAAUGUGAAGCCAUUGAGAAAUAUUAGGAAGAUAACAGAUGCAGAAUACACAGGAUAGUUGUUUUUUUUUAACCCCUCUGGUCACAGAUAGUGCCACAACCACCUUCGGCAACUAAAUGGUUAAAUUGUGUCUGGAGACACCAUAGACCAUAAAUGUGAAAGUCUUAGUCAUAGACUUGGACUGAGGUGUAACAACUGUAGUACGUAUUGAGUUGAUCAAGUAACCACAUAUUGCAUGAAUGCAACAGCGCCCACCCAUAAGUCAUCAGUCAGCUGUGCUAAUUAGUGUGCUAAUGUAUAGAUUUCCAGUAAAACACUUUAAUUGUACAUAAUUGUAAUAAAGAUAAUCUACACUAUUUA